CCUAGAACAAAUUACAAUUCCCUCUUCUCCCACCAUAUCCUGGUAAUCGACACAAAGUAUACAGAAACCCCGCCCGCACAGAAGCCAUGGAGAACCUCAAGAUCUCGAGCCGAACACCCCACCCUCUCGAACAGCUUUCCGUGGCGGAGGCAACCGUAGCACGAGAUGUGAUUCUCGGUGCACAUUCCAAGACGGUGAUUGAUUUCCGGACUAUUUCUCUUGAGGAACCUGCGAAAGCCGAGCUUUUACCUUUUCUCGACGCAGAGAGUGAGGGAAAGUUGAGUGGUGUGGCGAGACCGAGGAGGCUGGCCAGGAUUUCUUAUGAUGUUCUCGGGGAGAAUAAGAAGUAUGGGUUUUAUGAGUCGGUUGUUGAUGCUGAAGAGGGGAAGAUUGUGGCGCAGGAUUUGAUUGAUGAGAAGUUCCAGGCGCCACUUGUUUUGUAUGCUCUUUUCGGUUUGUUGUAAUAUGGCGACUAAUGCGAAAAAGGGACGAUUUUGGUCACCUCCUUAAAGCAGUCUGGGAGUCGAAGUUGUUCACAGAUGCUAUUGCGAAAUUCAAUAUUCCUGAGGGCUUUGAAGUCAUCGUUGAACCGUGGCCCUAUGGAGGUCGCGAUCUCGAAGAUGAAGAUAAGCGAUAUUUUCAGGGUCUAUGUUUCGCUCAGGAUAAACGGAAUGGAAAUCCUGACUCGAACUUUUAUGCUUAUCCUCUUCCGUUGAUUCCGGUUCUUGAUGCGAGGGCGAAGGAGAUUAUCAGGAUUGAUCGUCUCGGUACGGGUGGAAAAGAUGAUUUACUCGCUAAAGGCACGCACGCUAAGGAUAUUAUUGAGCAUUGCAAGGGGAGUGAGUAUGUGCCUGAGCUUUUAGAAGGGGGAACGAGGAAGGACUUGAAGCCUUUGAAUGUUGUGCAGCCGCAGGGCCCUUCUUUUACUAUUACUGAUGAGUCGCUUGUUGAGUGGCAGAAGUGGAGGUUUAGAGUAGGCUUCAAUCCUCGAGAGGGUGCUACUAUUCAUGAUGUUAGGUAUGAUAGAAGAAGUAUUAUGUAUAGGUUGGCUCUUUCUGAGAUGGUAUGUUCUAUAUAUUGAUGAUUUUUUGGCAUUUACUAACUUGGAUGUAGACUGUCCCUUAUGCGGACGCUCGGGCUCCAUUUCAUCGGAAGCAAGCUUUUGAUUUUGGAGAUGGCGGUGCCGGGAGUUGUGCUAAUAAUUUGGAACUUGGAUGUGAUUGUUUGGGGCAUAUCAAGUAUCUCAAUGCCAUAGAUACCAAGGCUGAUGGAACCAUCAAAGUCAGUCCCAAUGUCAUCUGCCUUCAUGAGCAGGACAAUGGCAUUGGAUGGAAACAUACCAACUGGAGAACUGGGCGUGCUGUUGUCACUAGAAACAGAGAACUGGUGGUUCAGUUCAUCAUUACUCUGGCAAACUACGAGUACGUCUUUGCAUACAAAUUCGAUCAAUCUGGAGGUAUUAUGAUCGAAACGAGAGCAACCGGAAUUGUCAGUGUAGUCAACAUUGAUCCAGGCAAGACAUCCCAUUACGGAAACGUCGUCUCGCCAGGAGCUCUGGCUCAAAACCACCAACACAUCUUCGCCGUACGAGUCGAUCUGGCCAUCGACGGGACAAACAACACGGUUGUGAUCGAAGAAUCCCAUCCCGUUCCCUUCUCACCAGAACGUAACCCAGCCGGUAACUUCUACGAGAUUAUCCAAACACCAGUCACUAAAUCCCAAGGCUUCGACGCCGCUCCACACAACAACCGCAUCGUCCGUAUCAUCAAUCCCAACAAAAUCAAUCCCAUCAGCGGCAAACCAGUCUCCUACAAGUUCCAACCCCCACCCACGCAAAAGCUCCUCGCUCAACCAGGAUCCAUUCAAAGCCGACGUGCGCAGUUCACCAACCACCACGUCUGGGUAACCAAAUACAGAGACCACGAGCUCUACGCUGCGGGUCGAUACACCCUCCAGUCACAGGACGAGGCUAAUGGUGUGACUGAUGCGGCGAAGAGAGGUGAUAGUGUUGAGAAUACUGACUUGGUGCUUUGGAGUGUGUUUGGACUUACGCAUAAUCCUAGGGUGGAGGAUUGGCCGGUUAUGCCUGUGGAGAUCUUUCAGUUGCAUUUUAAGCCCGGGGAUUUCUUUGGGGGGAAUCCGAGUAUUGAUGUUCCGAGUCAGAGGAACUUGUCGAGUAUUUUGGAUAGGGACAGCGUGGUAAAAACUUAGCUAAAUACUUGAUUCGACUUGAGUGCUAGUUAAGUUAAGUUAAGUAUAAGUAGGUAGUUAGCGUCGUA